GGGUUCACAGAGACAAGAGUAGUGAUUUUCACUCUCUGAAAGAUGUGAUUGUACAGACUUGGAGUUAGUUAAAAAAUCCCAACACCUCUAGUAAAAUAUUUCUAGUCUAGAAAUCAUUUAUGUGACUGCUGAUUUGUUCCUCUAGAUGAGAAAGUAGAUAUGACUAAAAAAAUAAGAUAGAGGAAGAUGGUUCUCACCAUCACAGCUCAAUGAACUUCUGAAAAGCCACCAGCAAAACAAUAUAAGACCAAGGACUAGAUGUGAAUUUAAUUAGGUAAUAAGGCAGUGGUUAUAUGAAGAAAAUACACUGGUGUAAGGCAAGCCUCUCAUCAUGAUGUCGGUGUUACCGAAUCAAAAGGAUCAUCUGCUUCCCGUCAGAGCAAAGGCACUCAAGUAGUCUGACUUUUAAAUGCUCCGUCCCUUAAUAUUAUAUUACUUAGAAAUUAUUAUAAAAACUUUUUCUUUUCUAUUCACCCCACUACUUCUCUCUGCGAGCUGUUUUACUCCAACGGCCUUUCACUUUCCUAGUGCCGGCCAAGGCUGCUUUGGCAAGCAGCGGAGGCUCGGCCGGUUCCGCACCGGACGAGCCAGGGCCGGGUCCGGCUGCGGGACGGCCACGUCCUCCCGCGCUGCGGCACGGCCGGCGCUCCUCCCCUGCCAGCACCGGGUACGUGCCAGCGCUGCCCGCGCGGCGGCGGAGCGGCCCGGCGGCGGCGGCGAGGCCGAGCAGGUGACAGCACAUGUGGUAUCGGUGAUUACUGGGCAGACAGUUUGAGCAAAGGUGAAGUGUGGGGUUGGCCCUGUGGACUCCAGCACAGCCACACACCUAUUCCACAAGGACUCGGCCUACAGAAGAGACCUGGAGGCAGAAAUAAGGCAUCGGUGCAAGCAGCAGCUGUAGCAAAGACUGACUUUCAUGAUGCUGAGAGGAGUUGCUCACAGUGCAAAAGACACAUUCACUCUUCUGUUGACAAGAUCUCCGAGCUGUAACCCAGGACUGAAGUUUUCAUCAGCAUGGCCUGACGUAGCAAACAGAAGCUUCCUAAUACAUUCCAAUUACACAACUGAUACCAAGUCAAGAGAGGAAAAUAAAAAAACAGUCGAGAAUCUCUACAGUUUGUCAGUUGAUGUCACGAAGAUACGCAGAUUGAAAGAAUGGGUCCUUCUCCAGGAUGUGGCCUAUGUUAAAGAAAUUGCUGGUAUCUUAGAGGAAAUGGGAGCAGAUGAGACCACUGUAGCCAACAUUAUAGAACGCUGCCCCGAGGCAAUUCUCCACACCCCAGCAGAGAUAAACUCUCAAAGAGCUUUAUGGCAAUUAGUAUGCCAGAAUGAAAAACAGCUGAUUAAAUUAAUAGAGCAAUUUCCAGAGUCUUUUUUUACUACUGAGUAUCAGCAGAACCAGAAGGCAAACAUACUGUUUUUUCAAAAGCUGGGACUUAAGAAUAAUAUAAUCACCAGGUUCUUGACAAGUGCACCCAAUAUUUUCUAUAACCCUGUUGAGAAAAACAAAAACAUGAUAGAGACAUUACAAAGAAAUUAUUUAAAUUUAGGGGGCUCUGAAGCAAAUAUGAAGAUCUGGAUACUGAAGCUAUUGAGCCAAAAUCCAUUUAUUUUAUUGAAUACUUCCACUGCAAUCGAGGAGAACUUGGAAUUUCUCCAAAAUAAUUCUUUCACUGACCAGGAAGUUCUACAGCUGCUGUCCAAACUUAAAGGCUUCAUUUUUCAACUUAAUUCUACCACGAUGCAGAAGAGUAUGCUUUUCUCCAAAAACAUCUUCAAGUGCAGUGAUCAAGAACUAAAACAACUAGUGCUGAAAUGCCCAGCCCUUCUCUACCACUCUGUUCCGGUUUUGGAAGAAAGACUUGAAGGACUACUGAAGGAAGGAAUUUCUAUAGCACAGAUAAGAGAGACACCAAUGGUGCUGGAAUUGACAACACAAAUCAUUCAGUAUCAAAUUAAAAGGCUCUCUGCGUUAGGAUACGAUAUAAAGAGUGGAAAUCUAGAAAGCUUGAAUGGUAGUAAAAAAGAUUUUGAAGUCACUUACGGUAAGAUACAAUCAAAGAAGAAGAGACCAAUUUUUAAUCCUGUUGCUCCUCUACACAUUGAAGAUUAAUUUGAACACUGUACUUCAAGUUAUGCAAAAGCAAAUUAAAAGGCAAGUUGAUUCUUUGAGAAGAGAUGAAGCAAAAGCAAUCUUAAUUGAGGCUGUAGUCUUACACUGUACUUUGUUCAGGAGGGGGUCUUAGGUACAAGUUCAUUAUACAAUCAUAGUAUUGUAAUACUUUAAAAUAUCAUCAUAGAAGUUACAGAAAAAGGCAACCUUUAUCAUAACUAAGAGUACUUCAGAUGUGACAUUUUCUUACCUGACAGGGCAUUAACUGCCUUACAUUUUCAGCUCUGUCACUGCACAGUCCAGCCUGUAGUAGCAAUUAGCACAGUUUUUAUCUGAGGAAGACAAAAGGAGGAUUAUUUUUCCAGCAGUGUUCAUCAAUCGGCUGGUUCGCUGUCUUCAGGAAACAUCCUUGGAGUUCUUUUCCUUAUUGCUGAAGUAGCUCUAGCUCCUGGAUCCUGACCUGCAACAGACUUGAUUUCUUGGACAGCCAAGCCCUGUCGUGAGAACAGGGGCUGGACUUAAUAUAUUUUUAUUCAUUGGGACCCUAGUAUCUUUGUGUACAAACCAUAAUGCAAAGAAACUACAAGAUGAUAACCUUUA